AUGGACACAUCAUCGCUACGCGAGUUUGCCUUGAAGAGGUUGCAAGAGGCUAGAGAGCAUGGCACAGAACUAGCGACUUUAACAGCUGCACGUGCAGCCUCAUCAAUCUCCAAAUCAUUGCCUGUAUCUUCGUCCUUUGUCUUCCGCGCUCAGGGCUCAGAGAAGCCAGAGUUCGAACAGCAGCCUUUAUCUAUGGAGAAGAAGCUUAGUUCUCUUAAAGCUGCUCAUGAUCUGCUGCGCGCGAGCUCGACGGGCACGAGCGGAGCAAUGGAUGAGAUCACAUCUAAACUCGAUUUAAUCAAUGAGUCGCUAGCUUUUUCGAUUGAAAAUAUUCAAGAAGGUUCUCAUAUGAUGGCGCUUGUGAAACGCCAGCUAAAGGAUAACGCUGAUAUGAAAUGCCCUUCGCAAAUUGAGUUUUAUCAGCGUAAUGAGCGCAGUACAUUAUCCGAGGGUAAGAUAAGUCUUGAAUAG